AUGCCUCCCCCACCUCUAGUUUUCCGCAACUCCCCUCCUCCCGAGCGGUAUCUCUCCGAGGACUCACAAUUCAUCCCAGCUUAUGUUCCCGGUGUCCGUCGACUUGCACAACCCAUCCCGAUCGAUCCAGUCCUUCCGCCCACCACCGAACCGCACUCCUAUUCUCUCGGAUCACAGGAAUCCAUCAUGUCAGACAUCUCAGAUUCCCUCAGACCAUCCCCGCCUCCUCUGACAGUCACUUCGGACUUACCUACCCCAUACACCCUCAGAACACCAGCCGGAACCAACGCUUCCAACGCUACCAUCAGACCUAUCAUUACCAGUCCCGUUAGUCCGUCUGUAGAUGCGAAUAUGGAAGACGGUGAUAGUGCAUUAGUCAGGGUCAAAUCGUUCCCUCAUACCGGUGAUUUACUAGGAUCAUCCAACGAAGCUUCCUCCAGCAGGAGGGCAACUCCACCUCAGGUCGAAAUUGAGGAUGUAGUCAUGAACGAUGCGGAGGAUAAUGUAGAGGAAGGACCCGUCCCGUCUCCACGUUCGGAGACAGGGUCUCAAAUCGAGGAGGAAGGAACAGUCAGACUUGGAUCUUUGGCGCCUCGAGGAUCGCUUACAAGACUUCUACGCGACAUCGGCAAUCCCACAGCAUCUGCUAAUAGCUCAUCGCAAGCUCCAGCAUAUCUCCAACCCUUGUUGGAAGAUCGAGCGAGAGUCCUCGGAUCAAGGUGGUCACAAAACCCCCAGUCCAUAUCUUCCGAGUCAUCCGAUCGAGCCGACCCUCAUCGUGCGCCAUCUACGCGAUCCAUAUCUGAUCGAAGCCAAGGUCAAGCUGAAAUUUCACAAUCCGAUCUAAAUGAACUUGGACCUCUUCCCAGUACUGAUGACUCACUUAAUAACUUCCAAUCGUUCCAAUACGAAGCUCCUCAUCAGCCAUUCCCAUACGCGCAGCCUCUUUCAUACAGUCCAAGAAGCUCUGGCGGAUUCAUGCCGGGUGAUUGGGGAGAAGCAUACACUGCACAUACCGCUCCUCCACCUCUAAAUAGAGAACAGCAAGAUACUACCGAAGUCUCAAGAAUCGCUCCUCCACGAUUACGACAACCUGCUUCACCAACUGACUUUCGCACGUUGCCUUCACCAAUCGCUCAUACCCAAUCCGGUUCUCCUUCGACGGUGGAAAGACGGCUGGAUACCAUCGAAGCUAGGUUGGACCGAGCACGAGGUCGAAAUCAACGUAGUCCACCUACACCACCUAUGCUUGCGCCCAUGCAUGCGUAUGAAGGGAUGAGAAAUCGAUCGAAUGCUUCGAGACCCUACGAUUUAGCUUCGAGAUCGAGACCUUCCUCGCAAAUUGCUGAAGAGGGAUCAAGGAGAUCCUCGUACACUCGACCAUCAUCAGUCAGGCCUUCCUGGAUGACAGAUUCGUCAUCAUCGUCCUCAGUUACAGUCCCACCGCCUCGACCUAGACCCACGGCAUCCUUCGGAUGGGAAUCGGCAGAUAUCAAUACCUCUCCAUACUCGCGAUCGUUCUCAAAUUCCGAUAGACCUUCACCAACCCUUUUCCGAAGGCCGGCGAAUGAAGAUGAGAAUGGAAGAAUAACCCCUGUAUUCCGAGAUGAUCAAGGUGUCCGUCGGGAGACUAUCCGAUCUAGGUAUCUCCAAGCUAGAAUGAACAUGCUCGAUAAUCUCCGUACGGGGUAUACCACCCGACCGUAUUCGUCAUCUCCCUGGACAAUUUUGCCUGGUCAGGAUCGUGCUGACAACGCAAUACGUACUCAAGACGACGACAAUCAUGCUCAACAUGGGUCAAACUCUUCAGUGUACAAUCUUCCUACAUUUUUAGGCGAAGCUCCAUCGUCAACUCGUCACAUAUGGAAUCAAUACGACGAAGAAGAGUCGGACGGCGGCGUACCGUUCUUUGCUGAUAUCCCACAUCCCAGUGCCGAUAUUCCUCAUCCAGGCCAACAUCGACCAGGGAAUAGAAGAUGGAUGUCAUUCGAUGAAGGUGAGAGAGAAAGAAGCUCUUCUCGCACUCGACAAGGCGAUCAUGCCGUCAACGACAUUGUUGGUACUGGUAACAAUGUAGAUGAGCAGAAUUCUCUCAAUAGAGAUGUUAAUGAGGUGAUUGGUAGAAGACUUAGUCAACCUAGACCUAGAGCCAGAGCCACAUCCAUCACAAGAAGAUUAAGAGAUCCUCAAGGACAUCAUCCAAAUUGGGAAGAUACUCGAUUACCCAAUACUUCUCCUUCUUCUGCAGGUCCACCUGGACCGAGCAGAGAUCGACCACUUGCCAGGUCAAGGAUCGGUAACUUGUUUGGUGAAUUGGAUGACAACUCCCGCGGACAGCCAGAUAAUACCAGUAGAGCGGACGUACGAGAUCUGCGAGAUCCACUGUACGCAUUGUUCAAUCAACGAGAAAGAAGAAUCGCAAUGAAUGAAUUCACUGCUCCAGAUGCUUCAGGAAGAGUGAGGGAGUCAGCACGGUUCGGAAGUGCCGCUGGUGAAGCUGAACUGUUGUUCUUGGAGAGGUUAAGAUCGUCUAUACCUUUCCAAGGCGAUGGAGGUGAUAUAGUAAGAAUAGGAAGGAAUGGACCUGAAUCACUCAGUAUGGGCUUAUUGGAGGGUAUAAUGGAUAUUGGAUCACCCGAUUCACCUUUUGCAAUGUAUCAGCCUUUCAGACGGUUCGGUAAUGGUGCUGAACCAUUUGGCAAUUUGAAGAUUACCAAUGAGAUGGAUGAGAAAGAGAAGAUGAAGAUUGUCAGAAUUGUCAUUAGGUCUGUGCGUACAUUACCUCAUUCGCUUAGAAAGAAAGGUGCGGAAAGUACGUUGAAAAGUAUCAAAUAUGAGGAAUUCGGUAAGGAAGAAAACCAGGCUUGUGUGAAAGGGAUGGAGAAGGAUGAAUAUUGUUCCGUCUGUCAUGAUGAUUAUGAACCGCAAAGUGAAAUUACGAUAACACCAUGUAAACACAUGUAUCAUCAAGGAUGUUUAGAUACGUGGCUCAACACACCCAACACCUCUUCAUGCCCAAUGUGCCGACGAGACUUGGCAGCGUUGAGUCACCUGGCCAAGAUGGUUCCUAUGAAGACCAUGGAAGAAGCAUUACCAUUCUGGAUGGCUGUGGUUUCUUAG